CAGUGGCCUGUUAAGCAACGACGACGGCGGCAUCGUUUGUUGUUGUUGUGGGUUAUUUAAACAAAAACAGCGCUAAUUGCAGACAAUAAAUAUAUCAAACUUGAAAUUAUACAGUUCAGUAACGCAACGAAUUUGAAAGAACAACAUGUCGCUUCUGAUUAGAGCCGCCUCCACAGCACGUCAACUCAUUCAUAAGUUGCCUGCACUGCAACAGCAGCAAGUGCGUCACUUGAAUCUCUUGGAGUUCCAAUCGAAGGAUUUACUGCAGAAAUAUGGCGUUGCCAUUCAACAGUUCAAGGUCUUGGACAACUCCAAGACUGAUGAGCAAGUGGUCCAAAAAUUUGAUUGUCCCGAAUAUGUGGUGAAGGCACAGAUUCUUGCCGGUGGGCGGGGCAAGGGAACUUUCGACAAUGGUUUCAAGGGAGGCGUGCACAUAACCUCAAACAAGAGCGAAGUUCUAUCGCUGAGCAAACAGAUGAUUGGCAAUCGACUGAUUACAAAGCAGACACCCAAAUCGGGUAUUCUGGUCAACAAGGUGAUGGUGGCACGCAGCGUCAACAUCACCCGAGAGACUUAUCUCUGCAUUUUGCUCGAUCGCGAACAUAAUGGGCCCGUCUUGAUUGCUUCACCCGCUGGUGGCAUGGACAUUGAGGCUGUGGCUGAGGAAACCCCUGAGAAAAUUAAGACUGUUCCCCUGGAUAUUGCUAAACCGAUUCCGGAGAGCGUGCUGCUGGAUGUGGCCAAGUUUCUGGAGUUCAAAGGUGAUGCGGUGAAACGUUGUGCCGAUGAGAUACAAAAACUGUACACACUCUUCAAGUCGGUGGAUGCUGUGCAGAUUGAAAUCAAUCCAUUGGCUGAGACCGAUAACGGUGAAGUUAUUUCUGUAGAUGCUAAGCUGAACUUUGAUGAUAAUGCACAGUUCAGGCAAAAGCCUAUCUUCGACAUGGACGUCACCGAGGAGGAGUCGGAUCCACGCGAAGUAGAGGCAGCUAAAUACAAUCUCAACUAUGUGGCGAUGGAUGGCAACAUUGGUUGUUUGGUGAAUGGCGCUGGACUCGCUAUGGCCACCAUGGACAUUAUUAAGCUGAAUGGUGGCGAUCCGGCCAACUUCUUGGAUGUGGGUGGCGGUGUCAAGGAGGAUCAGGUGGCCAAGGCUUUUGAAAUUCUCACAUCAGAUCCCAAAGUCAAGGGCAUACUGGUGAAUGUCUUUGGCGGCAUUGUCAAUUGUGCCACCAUCGCCAAUGGCAUUGUCGCUGCUUCCAAGAAGCUGCAGCUGAAUGUGCCACUUGUUGUCCGCCUGGAGGGCACCAAUGUCAACCAGGCCCGCGAAAUUUUGAAGAACUCGGGACUCCCCAUUCAGACAGCCAGUGAUUUGGAUGAUGCCGCUCAGAAGGCAGUUGCUGCCCUCUAAAGUGGCACACAUAUACAUUCAUCAUCAUUAAAGACGCACAGUGUUUAGCAUUUAAAUGGACGAAACGUAGUUGUUAUGCCUUUACAUUUUAUGGAUUUUUAAUCAUAUAAAUACAUACUUUAUAUAUUUACACCGUUAAAA